UAGAACCAGAGCCAGGCAUGAAAACACAGGCGAGGGCGUAGAGCACCGAGGCUAAGCUAACACUGGAGACUCUCCGAAGCGGUUAUUUAUUUAUUAUAACAGAAGCAACAGAAGAAAGAACUCCGAGUGCAGUUUAGGUACAAAAUACUCGGCCGAUAACAGGGUCAAAGACGUGCCUUUUUCAGCACCUCGGACAGAGCUCAGCGCAACAUGGCUCCCAUCGUGGCGGGGGAAGCGCAGUUUGCCGAGAUACCUGCUGCCGUGGGUAUCCUCAGUGCAUUCGGUCUGGUCUUUACUGUGCCAUUGUUUGCAUGGAUCUGUUGCCAGCGUAAAUCUGCAACAGCCAACAAAACUCCCCCUUACAAGUUUGUACAUAUCCUCAAGGGAGUGGACAUUUACCCAGAGAGCCUGAGCAACAAAAAUAAGUUCAGUGCAGAUGAGAAAACAGAACUGAACUACAAAAACACCAAGUCCCCCUCUGGUACUAAGAAUGCAUUACACUUGGACCUGGACAAGAGAGACCUGAAUGGGAACUUUACACAGCCACACCCCAACGUGCGGAGCUCACCCAACCUGGACAUCCCUUCGCCCCAGAAAUGCUUCACGGAGGAGGGGAAGGAGCUGGUGUCGCCCGCGGGUUUGCUAUCGAAUAAAGUGCCUUCCCCAACCGAAAAACCGGACAAGGGAGCCAGACUGGGGACACUCUUCUUUUCUUUAGAAUACAACUUUGAGAAGGCGGCCUUCAUCGUCAACAUCAAGGAAGCUCGUGGUCUUGCCGCCAUGGACGAGCAGUCCAUGACCUCCGACCCCUACGUGAAAUUGACCAUCUUGCCGGACAAGAAGCACAGGGUCAAAACCCGGGUCUUGAGGAAGACUUUGGACCCCACCUUUGAUGAAACAUUUUCCUUUUAUGGCACCCCAUUCAGUCAAGUGGAAAACCUGGCACUCCAGUUCAUGGUGUUGAGUUUCGACAGGUUUUCCCGGGAUGAUGUGAUUGGGGAGGUCCUGGUACCCCUGUCUGGGAUCAAUCUGUCUGAAGGUCGGAUUCUGAUGAACCGGGAGAUCAGCAAACGCAACGUCAGGAAAUCUGUUGGCCGCGGAGAGCUGCUGGUGUCGCUGUGCUACCAAUCCACCACGAACACCCUGACUGUGGUGGUGCUGAAAGCGCGCCACCUUCCAAAGACAGAAUCGUCCGAACUGUCAGACCCUUACGUGAAGGUGAACCUGUACCAGGGCAGCAAGCGCAUCUGCAAGAAGAAGACCCAUGUGAAAAAGUGCUCCCCCAACCCUGUGUUCAACGAGCUCUUCGUCUUCGACAUCCCCUCGGAACGCGGCUUGGAAGACACCAAGGUGGAGCUGCUUCUGCUUGACUCCGGUCGGCUCUCCCGCAGCGAGGGCAUCGGGCAGCUGCUGCUGUGUGCCUCGGCUGAAGGGACUGUGGGCGAGCACUGGAGGGAGAUCUGUGAGCACCCGCGGAGACAGAUCGCCAAGUGGCACACCCUGAGCGAGGGCUAGCAUCCUCCUAGAGGACUACUGUGCACAAAGUGUGGCUAAUUAAUUAAUCACUCAGUCAGUUCAUUAAUUGGUCAAUCAAACGAUUGGUUUCAGUCCAAUGAGGAACUGUCUGCACAUCCAGCCAUCAAUAAUCCAAAGACAGUAGAUGAAUUCUAAAAAAAAAAUGAAGAAAAAACAAAAACAAUAUAAUCAAGCUUUUCACCUACCACUGCAUUAUCUUGUACAGCUGUUUGUCUGACUAUUAUAUUGUGAACUGUUAUGGCCAGAAGCAUUCUUUUAUAUUAUGUCAUUAAUUCGUGUACUGUAUUAAUGUAUUAUUAUUAUUUUAUCAAUGCAAUCAUUUAUUUAUUUUGAAUUUGAACCUAUUUAUCUAUUUAUCAUUUGUAUGGCACAGUGGUGUUUCAAAUGUCAUACCAAUUGGAGCACAUCCUAAAUUAGGCAAUUGAAUGCAGAUGGUUAUUGAGACACAAGGGGCAAGGUUGCCUGUCUGGUAAUGUAUGAUACUGAGAAAGGGUUUGGCCAUCCAGUCUGUGAGGACAGGGCAGCCUGGUACUGUAUGUAUAUACAACCUGCUAUAAAUCAUCUGACAUCUUGGGAACAGUUUUAUUUCAUAGGGUCACCCCUAGUGUACGAAAGAGAAAGGACAAGGUCAAGGUCUUGGUAUAGUCAUAGGGCAGACGGGGCUAAAUUCAGAUAACAUUUUGAUGUGGCACAGAGUUUUGCCUCUAGUAAAAUUACUUCCUAAACAACUGGGAAAAGGUCAUGUAUAAUGAAUUGUUUGUCAGAAGCUACACUUCCAGAAGAAAAUGUUCUGCACCGAAUUAUGUGGUCUAUAUUUUUUUUGGUUCUAUAAAAGCCUAUUGUAAUGUGUAAACAUGUUCAAUAUGUAAACAUGUAACAAGGGGUAACACAAAAAAGCAGAUAUUAUUUAUUUUGUUAGAAAUAUAUUUUGUAUUAUUUACUAUAGUCUGUAUCGAGGUACAUAUCAUUAGUUGACACUGGGCUCUAUUUGCAAACUUGAACUCAUUUUUUAUUCAUUUUUUAAAUCUAUUUUUUAUUAAUUAAAAAAAAGUGUUCUAUGCAUGACACUUUUCUAGACUAGUCUUGAUCUCUUUAGCAACAGUCUAGCACACACUACAAUAGACUAGAAGAUACACACCCUCUAAAUGAUGCAUGAUGCAUUCAAGUUAUGGAAUAGAGCCAUGAUGUUGUAAUUCACUGGUUGUGUUGUGUCUCAUGAGGGACAUUGUUUCAUUGAAUGAAUUGUCCAAGAGAAUGUGUGCAUUAGGAAUGUACAAAUAGUGACAGAAGAUUGAUCAAGUCAAGCUUAUUCUUGUCAGAAAAUGUCUGUCUGGCAUACAAACGUAAUUGAAGUAAAGCCAUUGAAGCCAGUAUUGGUGUGUCCAGAGGGUAUCUUGACAUGUUCAUUGAAAAUGAAAGAGGUGGGAAGGAGAGGGCCAGGAACGAAGAUUCACCAAAAACAAAGGCAAUAAGCUCGUUAAGACUCGUGGCAUUUUCCAUUCAUAAAACGACAUCACUUUUUAUUGAUUCUUCAUGAUGUUACUUUAUCAGCAGGGUCGGGAGGCACAAUAAUGCAUUCAUUUGAACAGCAUUGUUCUGAGGGGCGGGGCCAGGAGUCUCAUCACAGGGCUAAUUACUGUAUACAGCAGAUUAUUAUUAUUGAUAUUGUCUUCAUGAAAACUGUCAUGAGCCAGUUCCACAUGGGAUACUGCUGCUGCAGCAGCACGUCACACUACGGCCACAGUGUGACUAUAUUGGAAGUGUAUUGGGAUAUUGCUUCAACACUGCAGCCCUGAUCUCACACCAGGGUUACAGUCUGACUAUAUUAGAAGUGUAAUGGGAUAUUGCUUCAACAUUGUAGCCCUGAUCUCACACCAGGGUUACAGUGUGACUAUAUUAGAAGUGUAUUGGGAUUUUGCUUCAACACUGCAGCCCUGAUCUCACACCAGGGUUACAGUGUGACUAUAUUAGAAGUGUAAUGGGAUAUUGCUUCAACAUUGUAGCCCUGAUCUCACACCAGGGUUACAGUGUGACUAUAUUAGAAGUGUAAUGGGAUAUUGCUUCAACAUUGUAGCCCUGAUCUCACACCAGGGUUACAGUGUGACUAUAUUGGAUGUGUAUUGGGAUAUUGCUUCAACGCUAUAGCCCUGCUCUCACACCAGGGUUACAAUGUGACUAUAUUGGAAGUAUAUUGGGAUAUUGCUUCAACACUGUAGCCCUGCUCUCACACCAGGGUUACAGUGUGACUAUAUUAGAAGUGUAAUGGGAUAUUGCUUCAACACUGUAGCCCACCAGGGUUACAGUGUGACUAUCUUAGAAGUGUAUUGGGAUUUUGCUUCAACACUGUAGCCCUGAUCUCACACCAGGGUUACAGUGUGACUAUCUUAGAAGUGUAUUGGGAUUUUGCUUCAACACUGUAGCCCUGAUUAUUGUGCUGUUCACGGCUCUGCUGAAUUUACAGCACUUCUGGUGCAGUUUAACUACAAUUGUUUUAUUCAUAUGGAUUUGCUAGGAGCGUGAUGUGAUCAAAGAGAAAUGCUGUAACACUAUUGCAGAAUCCCCAGGCUGUAGAGUUCGGAGGUUUUAUCUCUUUAACCCUUUAGAGAUCAAUCCUCAGUCUGGACUCAUUAUUCCAAGAACAAAGCGAUUACAGAUUUCAAAUGAUUCAGUAAUUAUAAAGGAAUGCAGUUUGUAUAUCAAAAUCAAAAAGUAAAAACACU